AUGGGGCAAACCUCAACAGAAGGCAAUCUCGAUGAGACAACCUUAAAGCGCCGCAUCGAGAUGAUUGACGAGAAUAAUUUUUUAGCUAAGAUUUUUCGAUGGGCACGUGACCACUACGAAAGCGUCAGGACAGAGUUUGCUAUUAGGUUGCUCCCAGAUAAAGGGAAGGGGAAAGAAUAUGAUCUUCCGAGUACGAGUGAGGUGGCAGGCCUUAUCGUAGGGGAUAUAGUGGUCCAAUUUCAAUCUGACACUUUGCAGCAGAUACGUGAUGACCACCCUCUAUACAUGAGCUUACAAUAUCCUCUUUUGUUUCCAUAUGGUGAGUAUGGCUUUCACCCAGAGAUCCCACUACAUCUUGAGACAUGCACUUCAAGAACAAGACAACUCCUAACCAUACGCCAAUACUACGCUUCUCAAAUCCAGACACGUCUUAAUCAAGGGAUGACAUUGAUUAAAGGAGGUCGUCUCCUCCAUCAAUUUGCUGGGGACGCUUAUACGGCAAUUGAAGAAGAUCGACUAAGGUGGGCGAGGAAUAAUCAAGAUGUCCUGAGAGUCGAGCUCUAUAGUAAUGUCCUUGAUGCUGUAAGCAAAGGUGACACUGAUGCUAAAAUUAUUGGUCAGAAGUUUAUAUUGCCGCCAAGUUUCACCGGUGGACUCCGGUACGUAGUUGAGAAAUACCAUGAUGCGAUGGCUAUUUGCAGAGAAUUUGGCAAUCCAGAUUUGUUUAUCACAAUGACUGCCAAUACUAACUGGAGAGAGAUUAAAGAGCAUCUUGGAAAAUAUGGUGGAGAUUCUCCCAAUGAUAGACUAGACAUUGAAUGUCGGGUCUUUAAAAUGAAGUUAGAGCAGCUACUCAAGGAUUUCAAAAAAGGAACUUUCUUCAAGCCAUAUACAGCAGCUCUCCACAGAAUAGAGGUUCAAAAAAUAGGUCUCCCUCAUGCACAUAUAUUAUUGUGGUUGGGAAACUCAUCCAGAACACCAAGUGCACAAGAAGUAGAUGAGAUAAUUUCAGCCGAGCUCCUAAACAAAGAAGAAGACCCAUAUGCUUACAAUUUAGUCACAAAACACAUGAUCCAUGGUCCAUGUGGUCUCAUUAAUCCGAAGUCACCAUGUAUGGAAAAUAAUGUGUGCACGAAAAAGUAUCAUCGGCCGUAUAAUGACAACACUUCGAUUGACAAUUCAGGAUAUGUAUUAUAUAAUCAGCGCCGAAACGACAAUGCAUAUGCGGUAAAGGAUGGGGCAAUCCUAGACAACACAUUUGUUGUACCUCAUAACAUUAAGCUUCUGAAGAAGUACGAAGCUCAUAUUAAUGUUGAAUGGUGUAAUCGUACAAGCGCAGUAAAGUACUUAUUCAAGUACAUAACCAAGGGUGUUAACAGAGCAACAUCUGUUAUUGAGAAAGGAAAUACGGCAACUACAUCUGACCCAAUGGCCUCUGGCAAAUCAAAGGAGAUAGUCAUUAGACAACGCAAUGAGAUCCAAGACUACAUCGAUGCUCGCUAUUUAUCAGCUUGUGAGUCUAUGUGGUGGACGUUCGUAUUCCACAUACAUAAAAGAAAGCCAUCAAUUGAGAAGCUUAUCAUUCACUUAGAAGGCAAACAGAAUAUCACGGUUAAAGAAACUUAUAACCUUGGCUGA